UCAAGCUGAAACCUCCAUCAGCGAUCGUGCUGCCGUUCUCCGGUCUUACAUCUGCAUAUCCGCGUCGGUUCAAUAAUAAACAAACAAAUCGGAUUCAAAACAGUGCUAGUGCGCGAUUAAUCAAAUUGUUACAAUUCGUGACAUAGACCCCAACUCCACGUGAAAAACCAACCCUCGACAGUAGUUGCCACCAAAAUUAGAGUAGUUGCCACCCCAUUUUUCGACGUUUCAGAAUGUAACUAACAUUCUCCGCUAUUGUAGAAAUGGUGUAUAUGUGUGUGACUAUAAAUGCUCUAAAUUACGCAUACACCAUGCGAAAAACCUGUGUACCGUAUUGCAGACAGUGAUGACGCGCCACAUGGUAGUGACUGUUACCACUUAACGACCCCAGAGUCAGUUGUCAGCUGUCAGUUGUCAGCUGAUUUGGAGAGACAAACAUCACCCCUUUCUAGCCACUUUCGAGAUCGCUUUCGGACCUUCCUAGUGAAACCGGACAUGAAGUUGAUGUCGGAAAUUCCAGCCUUGAUGAUCACUUUAUAUUUUAUUAUUGUUGAUUUCGUCCUUGAGCUGUAAUUCAAUUGUCUGUUAGAUACAGCAAUGUAUCUCUGAGAACAAGAAAUUUUCUUCUCCGCAAACGAACCAAAGAAUUUUGUGAUAAGAAAUACCAAACGUUUCAACGACAAUGGGCACGUCAAGAGAAAUCUCGAAUCUGAAAGACAGCAGUGAACAAAGUGAGAUUCGCAGAGGAAAUCAUUCGAGUAUCUGGGAAUGUGUGACUGUGUAAAAAGUUGACGAGAAACGAGAAUCGAGGAACGUGUAAAGUAUCAAGUACAAACUGAGGAUGUUCGGUGUAACGAUGAUGGAGCCACGUGAAAGGAUGGUCGCGUGCACGCUACCUCCUGCGCAUCAUCAACAACACCAUUACCGUCAAGUGAUAAGAACGACGAAAGUACAUCACAGCUCGCGAUGCACUAGAGUUGUCACUGUACAGGAAAAGGUCAUCAGGUCACGAUUGCAGCUGGGAUAUUCUACUCCAACCUCCUUUAUAAAUCGUUUCCCACAGAAGAUGGAGAGGCCAACGCACCAUACGAGUCUGAAUCAGACUCACAGCGGAAAUGUGCACAAUGUAUAUUCCUCCGGAAAUCAAACGGCCCUCUCAACAUCGUACAUAACAGGCCAGUCGUAUAUGCAGGGGCAAAAUUAUACCCUGGGCCCUUAUCCUUCAUCCACGGUGCAGGUGUAUCCACAAUCGGGAUACGGACAACCCCAAAGUUAUGGAGCAAUGGUCCAGGGUUAUGGAGGACAACCCCAGUCUGGAUUCCAGCAGGCUUGUCAUAAAAAGGGAUCGGUCCGCAAUGGGUACGAAUUGUCCCAGGAUUUGCUGGAAAAGCAAAUCGAGAUGCUGGAGAGAAAAUACGGCGGAGUGAAGGCGAGAAAUGCGGCUCUGACGAUCCAGAGGGCUUUCCGAAGGUACACCCUUCUAAAAAAAUUCGCAGCAAUCACAGCAAUGGCCAAGGCGGAGAAGAGAUUGAGCCGGAAGUUGCAGGAGACUUCGGAUCGUCAAGGAAAUAUGACCGAUCAUGAGAGGCUGCCUUAUCAUAGUCAGAUUUAUAUUCACAAUCAGCAAGCUCAAGGUGGAGUUCGACCAAUGCCCAUCAGAAGUAUGUCUCUGCGGGAACGGAGGCAUCCUGACAAUUCCCAAUGUUAUGCACCAAUGCCAAGGAGCCAAAGUGGAAGAUGUGAAGUGCAAAUUUCAGGUCACAGGGUCAAUGCUCAUCAGCACAAUCACAAUCAUAAUGUUCAUCCAGGUCGUCAUCAAAAUUCCUUGACGCCCAGCCCUUGUGCAAGGCACCAAGCGCCGCCAAGUCCAUGUUGGGAAUCCAGCUCUCAAGAAAGUGGAUCCAGUAUUCAUUAUUAUAAUCCACAAGAAACCUUGUGUGGAUUGAGACAGGAUACUCCGCCCAGGGAUCCACACAGGACUCCCUGCACUUCACCAUCCACACCUCACCAUCUGCAAACACCGCACUUGCAAAACUGGAGCAAUUCAUCCCAGAUGGGUUCUGGAGGAAGAAAUAGGUCUGCGAAAAAAGUACCUCCGGAGGUUCCGAAGAGAACUUCUUCGAUAUCAUCAAGAUCCAUGGAACCAAGGCACAAUGGACUCAGCAAAAGUGUGGAAAAUGGAAGUCUCAGCUCUGUUCAAAGCUCCGGCAGCGACUCCACUAAUUGCGAAAGCUCGGAAGGAGACGCACAGAGAGGAUCGCCGAUUUGGAAGCAUAAAGGCAUUUCGGGCUCGCCCGAACACCCAGACUGUGGUCACACGAACGACAGUAAUAACAUGAUGAAUAGCGUCAAGGAGUUGGGUCACUCCCAUGCGAAUUCCGGAUACCAACACCCGCUCAUGGACCACACCGAGGCGAUAUCGCAAACUGGCUACAAAGUUUCAGAACAGAACAGAAAACGGCAAUACAGGGUGGGGCUCAAUCUCUUCAAUAAGAAACCUGAGCGGGGCAUCACCUAUCUGAUUAGGCAAGGCUUUCUGGAAAAUAGUCCGCAGGGAGUCGCUCGAUUUCUGAUCACGAGGAAGGGACUCUCGAAGCAGAUGAUUGGAGAGUAUCUGGGGAAUUUACAAAAUAAUUUCAACAUGGCUGUUCUAGAAUGCUUCUCGCACGAGUUGGAUCUUGCCGGAAUGCAGGUGGACGUGGCAUUGCGAAAGUUCCAAACCUAUUUCAGAAUGCCAGGUGAGGCUCAGAAGAUCGAGCGGUUGAUGGAAGUAUUUAGUCAACGAUACUGCCAGUGCAACUCGGACGUGGUCUCGAGGUUGCGAUCAGCGGACACAAUUUUCGUCCUGGCAUUCGCGAUCAUCAUGCUCAACACGGAUCUGCACACGCCGAACCUGAAACCCGAGCGCAAAAUGAGGAUGGAGGACUUCAUCAAGAAUCUGCGAGGCAUCGACGAUUGCGGCGACAUCGAGAAAGACAUCCUAAUCGGGGUCUACGAGAGAGUCAAGGCAAACGAAUUUAAACCCGGCUCCGAUCACGUAACUCAGGUGAUGAAAGUCCAAGCUGGUUUCGUUGGGAAGAAGCCUAAUAUGGCCCUUCCACACCGAAGAUUGGUAUGCUACUGCAGACUCUACGAAAUUCCGGACAUCUACAAAAAGGAGCGAUCUGGUGUUCACCAGAGAGAGGUCUUCUUGUUCAAUGACUUGUUGGUCGUGACGAAAAUUUUAGGCAAGAAAAAAGGCCGGCCAACGUACACCUUCAGGCAGAGCUUUCCACUUUGUGGAAUGAUUGUCACACUCUUCGAAGUUCCUCAUUAUCUUUUUGGUAUAAAACUUUCGCAGCGUGUCGAUGGAAAAGAACUAAUCACAUUCAAUGCCCGUAACGAGACGGACCGGUACAAGUUUGUUGAGGAUUUGAAAGAGUCGAUUAGCGAGAUGGACGAAAUGGAGACUUUGAGAAUCGAAACCGAAUUGGAGCGACAAAAGAGCAGCAGAGGGACGAGAGGCAGCGCGGAGAAUCGGGAUUCUGGCGUCGCCGAUGUGGAAGUUUGUCCUUGUCCCGGUUCCUGUUCAGAGAGAUCAGAGACGACCGAUAUGGAGAGUCAGUUAAAGCGAUCUGCUCUCAGUAAUUCCCUUUUGGACAUUCACGAACAAUUUGCCGGAGAGAAGCCACAACGUCGUGGAAGCGUGGGUUCGUUGGACAGCGGUAUGUCAAUUUCAUUUCAAUCUACUUCCGCCAGCUCGAUGAGUCAAGGCAUUAAACACCACGGACAAGUUCACCCCACUCACCCGGGAACUACAAUUCCUGGGGGUAGUAAGGGCUUAGCUCAACAGCCAUCUUUUUUAGGGGGCUUGUUCAAUAAGCGAGAACGAAAACUGUCGCAAACGGAGGACACUGGCCCCUACAGCCGCACCACAGAAGUCUAGAAUCUAGAAUAAUUCCCUACUUCCUUCCAUAACGCACGCAAUAUAACAACAACAGCAAAUUGUCGAUAAAUCGAGCUUCCGAGUUCCAACAUCAACGAAUUUCGUCUCAUCACGUUAUUAAGACUAACUUAUUAUUUCAAUCACGGGUUUAUACGAUUUUAAGCGGAAUUUAAAAUCGUUAGAUGCAACAAUUCUACAAUCAUUCACAAUCAUUUAAGUUUUAAGAGUACCACACAAUCAUCAACAUCAUCAUUCAUAGUCUUUUUAACAUGCGCUUUGUAUGAGAAUAUAAUUUUUGUUCGGUGUAUUUUAUAUUAUACACGUAAUGUUAUGUGCGAAACCUGAUUUUUUUUCAAAUCAUACAAGAGCAAUUUACUUCUAGUCACAUAUUAUUGUAAAUAUUGUGUACUCACUCCUGCAA